AGGUUCCUGGAGGAGCCCGGAGGGAGCGCGGGCGCUGCGGGGGCGCGUCUCUGUUUCGAUGUGGCGGCGGCCCGGGCGCUCACUCGAAGAGCAGCGGGCCCUGCGAGGGGGGCCAUGGGCCGUGGGCUGCUUCUUCCGCUGCUCGCCGCCUCCUGCCUCCUCGCGCACGCGCACCCCUGGGAACCCUGCGGAUACGACCAGGACUACGACGAUUUGACGCGGGGCCUGUUCCCGUCCGUCUUCAACUUGGCGAGCAACGCGGGCAUCACCGUGAACGCCACCUGCGGCGAGACUGGACCCGAGACGUACUGCAAACUCGUCGAACACAUCUACAACAGGGAGCCGCAGUGCGGAGAGUGCGAUGCUUCAAGCCGGCACGCCGACAAAAGGCAUCCGAUCGAGUACGCCAUCGACGGCAGCAACCGUUGGUGGCAGAGCCCGACGCUUCAGAACGGGCGCAAGUACCAGUGGGUCACCAUCACGCUCGAUCUCAAACAGGUGUUCCAAGUGGCGUACAUUAUUCUCAAGACGGCCAAUUCUCCCCGGCCGGGCAACUGGAUCCUGGAACGGUCAAUCGACGGGGUCUUCUACCGGCCGUGGCAGUUUUAUGCCAUCACCGACGCCGAGUGCUGGGAGGCCUAUGGCAUCGCACCCACACCAGGAAAACCCGUCUACAAGACCGACGAUGAAGUCAUCUGCACUUCUUACUACUCGAGCCUCACACCUUUUGAAGACGGAGAGGUCCACACGUCUCUCGUGAAUGGGAGGCCCGGUGCCGAAGAGUUCAGCGAAAAGUUGAUGGAUUUCACGAAGGCGCGCUAUGUACGACUGAGGCUCCAGCGGAUCCGGACGCUGAACGCGGACCUCAUGAGCUUCCAGGUCGGCGAGGCAGACAAGGUGGACAAGUCGGUUACGCGCAGGUACUACUACUCCAUCAAAGACAUCUCGAUUGGUGGACAAUGCGUGUGCUCCGGACACGCCCAGGAGUGCCCGCCAAAGCCCAACGGGGAGCUUCACUGCAAGUGCGAACACAACACCUGUGGCGCGAGCUGUGAGAGGUGCUGCCCCAUGUUCAACCAGCAGCCAUGGAGGAUGGGCACUCAUGGUGACGCGGCGGAAUGUCAAGAAUGCCAGUGCUUUGGACAUGCUACCUCGUGCAUCUAUGAUUCCAACGUGGCGAAAAGCGGAACCAGCCUCAACAUCCAUGGCGAAUACCAUGGCGGCGGAGUCUGCCAAAACUGCUCCCACAACACGGCCGGCAUCAACUGCCAACAGUGCCAGGAAGGCUACUUCCGGCCCCGCGGAGUGCCCAGGGACCACCGGAACCCGUGCCGCAAGUGCUCCUGUUCCGGCCCAGGAGCGACGGGGAAUUGCGUUUCGGACGACUCACACAUCCACGAGGGGCUCUUCCCUGGCGACUGCCUGUGUCGCGAAGGGUUCACGGGCCCCAAGUGCGACCGGUGCCAGCGGGGCUACCGGAACUACCCGCGCUGCGACCGCUGCCCCUGCCACUACGCUGGCACCAUCGACGCAGACCAGUGCGAGGGACCGUGCAAAUGCAAGAAACACGUGGAAGGCGAGCAGUGCGACCAGUGCGCCCACGGCUACUACGACCUGUCCGAGACAAAUCCCGAAGGCUGUUCCUCGUGCUACUGCUUCGGCGUCACCAGCGUUUGCCGCCCCAGCGACUGGGGCGUCGAGACCGUGAAAGAGCCUCAAGGCUGGAUUGUAACGGAUUUGGAAGGCCGCCGAGAGUUCAGGCCGACUCAGGAGCCGGGAAAGCUGACCAUAGCCGACGAUGACGUAGUCCUCAACAUGUACUAUUGGCAAGCACCCGAGAAGUACCUGGGCAACAGGCUGUACUCCUACGGCGGGGACCUGAAAUUCAUGCUGAGUUUCGUGGUGGCUCGAGGAGACACGUCCGGAACAUACGUGGAAGGUUCUGACGUCAUUAUCGAGGGUGACGGCAAGAAGUUGGGCUACAACUGGGGAGUGCGGCCUAGUGCAGACAACGUGAGCAUAGCGCUGCCAUUGCGUGAACACGGCUGGCACGUGCUGGACCGGGACGGCCGACCCCUCCGACCGGCGACCCGGUCAGAGUUCACCUUGGUCCUCAACGACGUCGAGCGUCUUCUGCUGCGUGCCAAGUACCACAGCGACCAGGUCGAAGGAGCGAUGCAUCACGUGGAGCUCCCAUCGGCAUCUAAGGACUCGGGAAGCCUGAGAAAGAUGACCUCCGUGGAGAUGUGCCAGUGUCCAACGGGUUACGCCGGUCUCUCGUGCGAGCUUUGUGCUCCGGGCUACCGGCGCGUGAACGACACGCUCGUCGGUGGCCGCUGUGAGAAGUGCGACUGCAACAACCACGCCGACUCGUGCGACGCCUACACGGGACAAUGCCACGAAUGUCUGCACAACACGACGGGUUCCAAUUGCGGGGAGUGUCUGCCCGGCUUCUACGGCAACGCCGCUUUGGGAUUCCCCGACGACUGCCGUCCCUGCGCCUGCCCUCUGAGCUCGGAGCCGAACCAGUUCUCGUCCGAGUGCCGGACCGUGAUCACCCCGACUGGGGAGAGCGACUACGUGUGCACCGAGUGCCCACCCAACCACGCUGGAAACAAAUGCGAGAGGUGCGCCGACGGCUUCUAUGGCAAUCCCAGCGUGCCCGGGGAACAGUGCCGGCCGUGCCGCUGCGGACCUAACGCCGAUACCUCUGUGCCGGGCUUCUGCGACCACCGGACGGGGCGCUGCCUGCGCUGCCGCGGAAACACAGGCGGCUGGAACUGCCUGGAGUGCCUGGACGGAUUCUUCGGAAACCCUGCCACGGGAGACUGCAGGCCCUGUGACUGCAGCGUGGCGGGAUCCCUGGGACCACAAUGCAACAAGACCACUGGCCAAUGCAACUGCCGACCCAGCUUCGCGGGUCGUACCUGCGACAGAUGCCAGGAUGGUUUCGGGGGAGCCGCGGGUGGCUGCGUGCCGUGUCGCUGCAACCCCCGGGGCUCCUUGUCCGAGAUAUGCGACCCCAUCACGGGCUCCUGUCCGUGCCGACCGGGCGUCUUCGGCACCCUGUGCGACUCCUGCCUCGAGGGACACUACGGCUUCACUGUGGACGGCUGCAAGUGGUGCGGAUGUGACCCCCACGGAUCCCUGGACACCCACUGCGACGAGCGCACGGGGCAGUGUCCCUGCAAGCCCAACGUGGUGGGACGCGCUUGCGACCGGUGCAAGCCCGGCUUCUGGAACCUCGCUUCCCCGAAGGGCUGUGAGCCGUGCGCCUGCAACGUCACGGGCUCGCGCAACGUCCAGUGCGACGACCGCACGGGUCAAUGUCCCUGCAAGCCGGGCGUCGGCGGACUGGCGUGCGACGUCUGCCUCCCGGGACACUACCGGUUCUCUCACCAGGGCUGUAAAGAGUGUGAGCCGUGCGAGGCUCCAGGUCACGUGUGCGACGAGGAGACCGGGCGCUGCGUCUGCCCCAAGAACACGGGCGGACGUCGCUGCGACCGCUGCAACACGGGGGCCUGGGGCUACGACCCCAUCGACGGAUGCAAGUUGUGCGGCUGCAACAAGCUGGGCUCCCUGAGCCCCAACUGCGAGGAACUGACCGGCCAGUGCCAGUGCCUCGAGGGCUUCGAGGGCCAACGCUGCGAUAGGUGCCGCGCGGGCUACUACAACUUCCCCAACUGCAAGCGCUGCGACUGCCACCCGGCGGGCACCGACCCCAAGGCAUGCGUCGGUGGUGUUUGCCAGUGCGACGAGAGGGGACAGUGCCCCUGCAAGGUGAACGUGGUCGGGAGACAGUGCGACCGCUGUCGGGAAGGCGCCUUCUCGCUCGUGGAGAGCAACCCUCGAGGCUGCACCGAGUGCUUCAUGUUCGGUCGCUCGGAACGUUGCAGUCAGGCCAACAUGGUCUGGGGCCAGGUGUCAACACCUCGAAGGGACGUGACAAUGACCGUGGGCGAAGCAGAGCUGGACAGAGUGCAUCACUACAGAGUCAUACCAGGGACGCGGCCAGGCUCAACUCUGCUGCCCGUGCCCUACGUUCUGGACCAGCCGCUCUACUGGUCUUUGCCAGACCAGUUCCUGGGUGACAAGGUUCUAUCGUAUAAUGGGAAGCUCCGCUUCCGGGUGGAGAGCCGUUCCCGGGACGUGUUCCCAGAGGCCCAGCUGCGCCAGUUCCCGCUGGUGUUCCUGCAAGGGAACCACCGCAUAUUGCUCGCCCACCGCCCCAAGGAACCCUCCGAGACGGGCUUCUACUCCGUGCCCCUCCACGAGGACGAGUGGUACCAAGUGGACAACCCGCAUAUCCCGGUGACCCGCGCCAUCCUGAUGGUGGCUCUCCAGAACCUCCAGAAGAUUUUGAUCAGGGCCACGGACGGUCCGGACGUCAAAUUUGCCAGCCUAGAAGACGUCUCCCUGGAGACUGCGGAGCCUCUGUCUCCACACGAGCUGUCGCCGUACUUGGCUUAUGGCAUAGAACAGGGACGGUGCCCCUUCCAGUAUACGGCCUCUUCCUGCCAGGAUCCUGCGGAGGGCUACUACCGCAAGUUCAAGCCGAACUACCUGGACAGCCGGGACAUCCUGGACCUCGUCGGCUUCGCCGAGCCCUGCAACUGCAACAAUCGCACCCGCGAGUGUCACAGGGAGACCGGCGUCUGCAUCAACUGCGGCGGAAACACCGUGGGGGACCACUGCGAACGGUGCGAAGAGGGCUUCUUCGGGACGCCGUCGCGAGGCCCCUGUUUGCCGUGCGCGUGCCCACUUCCUACCAACAGUUUCAGCAGCACCUGCCAGACUCAUGGACCGGACUAUAUCUGCACCGACUGUCAAGAAGGCUACACCGGAAGGCGCUGUGAAAGGUGCGCGGACGGCUUCUUCGGGAACCCUCUGGUCGAAGGAGGGCGCUGCAUGCGGUGUGAGUGCAAUCCUUACGGAGCUCAGGGCCGCCGCUGUGACCCCAUCACGGGCGAGUGCCACUGCCAGCCUGGCAUCCAGGGGCGAGACUGUUCCAUCUGCUCGGCUCGGCACAUCCUCACCGAGUACGGUUGCAAGUCCUGCGAUGACGACUGCACGGGACGCCUGCUCGACGACGUGGAGGAAAUGCUGGCCUUGCUCGACCGCCUCAAUGCGACGGACAUUGUUUCUGCACCCUGGAUUCACCUCUUGGCAAUCCAGGAAACCACCCGCCUCAUGCGUACGGAUCUGGACCGUUAUUUGAACUUGGUGGAGAGCGGAAACCAGGUGUUGUCCAACUUCUCUUUCCACUUCAACCUGGAGACCCAGGCGGACAUCCUGCUGGAGAGGGCCCGUGACACCAGGCGCAACAUGCCCGAUGUGGUCGACGGGGCCUACCAGGUGCUACUCAGGGCCAACGAGCUUCUGGAGCUGAUCAACAAGUACUGGAAGGAGAUCAUUGAUGCCGUCAACCACCUGAAGAGCCACGGCAUCGGGCACGGGGGUGCGGCCAUAAGCAUCGGCCACAUUGUUGAAGAAGCCAAGCGCAUUCUUCGGGAGCUGCAGAAGACAAAGAUGGAGAAGCCCCUGGACGAAGCCCAGAGAGAAAACAGGAAAGCCCACCAGCUUCUGGAACGCGUAAGGAACCUGGUGCUGAACCUGCAAGAAGUCGGAGACCUGUCCGAGCGGUUGGACCGUGUGGAGCGACUGCUGAGCGAGAUGAUACGACGCAUCGAAAACGAAGUGCAGAAGCCUACGGCCAGGGCUCUGAGUCUGCUGGAGGGACAACUGCGCUCCCUGAACGCCAUCCAGAAUCUGAUAGACGGCAGCGUGGGCCAAGCGGAGAAAGCCAAUGCCUCACUUGUGGAAGCACGAGAGUGGUUGAGGAAGGCCAAGGACGCCAUCAUCGAUGCCUCCUUCAAAUUUGACGAGCUCCCCAGGCUUCUUGCGGAGCUGCAAAACGACACCAACGCCUUGGAGGAGCGACGGGGCCUCCUGGACAGGAUCAACCCCGAGUACCGCGAGAAAUACGUCAAGACGUGCCAGCGUCACGCUGCUGAGAUGAUGGCCGAGGUCGGACGCCUGGCCGACCAAUUCAAGAAAACUCAGGAAGUUUCUGAGUACCCGCUAAGGGCUGCCAAGGUUUACCAGAACAUCGAGGACGCUCUCAAGGAUGCCGAAGAAGCUGCGCGCAAAGCAUCAGAAGCCGCUGACCGAGCCUUCGAUGAGGCGUACCCCAGAAACGGAGAGUCACUGAGGCAUAAGGCGGCCGCAGCUAGAGAGCGCAGCGAAGAUCUUCUUCAGCAAGCCAAGCAGCUCCGAGAUGACGACAUCCCAGAGUUGCAGUAUUCCAUGCGAGCCAAGAAGAACAUGCUGAAAGCCCUGGAAAACGACAUUGGGGACGGGGUCCGUGCUGUGGCCGCCAUCAACAGGGAACUAGACAAGCUGCCCCAUGACCUGUCGGGUCCUCUUGAAGAGGCACUGCAGCAAGCCAGGGGCGCCUACGGCAAGCAGGAGACGGCCAACGUUCGCAUUGACGGCGUCCUAGGCCUACUGGCCGGAAUGCACGCCCAGAUCGGCACUCUGCAGACGGGCUCGGCAGAAGGGCUGGAUAACCUGACACGCCUCAUUGACGACGCUCAACGGGGCAUAAAGCGAGCAGACCAGUUGGCCACUCGCUCGGAGCAAUCAGCUGCAAGAGCACGCAAGACUCACAACCAGCUGCAGUUGAACCUGGAGGAACUGCGUGACAAAGUCCUGCUGGCCAGGCAACGGGCUUCCAGCAUAAGGGUGUCUCUUAGCGCCGACCAAGAGGGCGAGUGUUCCCGCUCUUUCCGACCCGAGAUUGAAUCAACCACAACAAACAGCAUUGUCCUCAACUAUGCCAUCAAGGAAGAAGAUCAAAACAGCCUACUUUUCUUUAUUGCCAACUCUAAAGGAAAGGAUGACUUUAUGGCCAUUGAGAUGGUCAAUAGGAAAAUCAAGUUUUCUUGGAACGCCGGCGGAGGCACCCACAGCAUCACCCACAAUAUGGUCAUUGAAACCAACGAGAGGCAGCUGGAGCGAGACUCUCGCUGGUACAAGGUGGAAGUGUUCAGGGUGGGGAACGUAGCGACGCUUAGCGUCAAGCGCAAGCCCGACGGUGCACGUGACGACCCCGAGGAGAUCACAGGUGCCGCUCCAGCUGGCUUUGGAAAGAUGGACCUUGAUGCCAGUUCGCACCUGUACGUCGGGCGCAUCCCGGAUGACAUUCCGGCUGCCCGCGAACUGACGGCCACGACGUUUGUGGGAUGUCUGCACGAGGUAAUUCUGGACGGAAAACAAGUCGGUCUCUGGAACUUCCUCACGAACGAUGGUUGUGAUGGCUGCAAGUCUGGCCCUACCGAAGACGUGGAUCCAAGUUCAUACAACUUCAAGGGUGAGGGCUAUUCCAUAUUGCCCCAGAUCCGCAGGUACGACAAGCACAACUACGACGUGUCCAUGCUCAUCAAGACCUUCGAUGAAGAUGCACUUCUCUUCCUGUGUCCUAACCAUGUGACCGGUGACUUCAUGUCGCUGGGACUGCGCGGCGGCUACGUCGUGUUUCAGUUUAAGCUUGGAUCCAAUGCCCCAAUGGAGCUCCGAAGCAAGCGCAAGUACAACACGGGCAACUGGACGAGGCUGUCUGCCCACCGCAACAAACUCGAAGGGGUACUAUAUGUCGAAGAUGAGCAGGUGCAAGGAGAGCUCCCGCGGCGCACUGUGGGUGAACUUCAGCUGAAGGACAGCAAGCUCUACUUCGGCGCCGUGCCCCCCGAUUUUGAUGGGUCAAGGUUCAGUACUGUGGGCUUCCAGAGUUUCAUUGGCUGCAUGAAGGAUCUACAAGUUGAGACUACACCGCUGGACUUACUCAAAUAUGAAGCGUACGGUGUUGAUCCUGGCUGCUCGGACAGGAAAGUGAAGCUGGUGAGCUUCAAAGGGACAGGCUACUUGGAACUGAAGGGGAAAACCCUGGCCGCUGAGGGCAAUUACGGGUUCACCUUCCAAUCAACUCAAACUGAAGGUCUUCUUAUGAUCUCUACGUUUUCUUCAGUCCAAGGUGCCGACGCGAAGCGGGAUCAUUAUUACUCGGUGGCCCUGAAGGACGGUCACCUUGAGCUUCGUCUGAACGGAGGAUCUGGCGAGGUGGCACUGCGCUCGGAGCAGCGGUACAAUGACAACAAGUUCCACACGCUUACAGUUCUGAAGAGGCACCGAAAGGUCCAGGUGAACGUGGACGACACGGAGAUCGGAACUUUGCGCCUUCCCAAAGGGACCCUGGAGGUGGAGGGUCCCCCCCAAGGGGGCCUCUUCUUCGGAGGCAUCCGGAGCGGCAUUGCUAUUGGUGCCCAGGCCGCCACCCGGGAGAGCUUUGUGGGCACCAUUAAGGAUGCCGUCUUCAAUGACGUGUUGCUGGGCUUCAACUCGCCCGUGUCCCACGAGGGGGCGGGCAUUGGCCGACCCCUGCGACGUCCCCGGCCGGCCCCGGUAGAGCACGACCGCAUGGAGGUGCUCACGGAGCAGGAGCAGGACCAGUGCGCGGAUGCUCCGAGCCACGACGUCCAGGAGGGCGCCGUCAAGUUUGGCGACAGCGUGCACAGCUACGUCCGGCUCCACGACGUUGUCCACUUCAAGGCAGACUUCAACCUGAGCCUGGACAUCCGCACCUACUACCCGAACGGCAUCCUAGUCCUGGCACAGAACCCAGGCCACAACCGGCACCUGGCGCUCUUGCUUUCGGGGGGCAGGGUGAAGCUCGAGGUGGCUGAGAGGUCUCCCAAAAAGCUAGUCAGCCACGGAAAUCUCAACAACGGCCAAUGGCACCACGUGCAUCUGAGCAAGGAGGGUUCCAAAAUAAGCCUCGAGGUGGACGACAAGCCGACCCUGAAGCUGCAGGUGCACAAGAGGCUGCCCUUCCGAGGUCCUCUGCACGUCGGAGGCAUCGCCAAGGGCGUGUCCGUCCCUGAAGAACUGAAGAGAGAGAGCUUCAAGGGCUGCAUCCGCAACUUCAACCUCAACGGCCAGAUGGUGGAUCUCGCAAAGGGCGAGUCUCGCGGCAUCGGCGUCUGCUUCGCCACCAUCGAGCCUGGGGCGCUCUUCGAGGGAGACGCAUACGCUGUCUACGGCGAACGCUUCAACGUAAACGACAAACUGGAUGUGCGGCUCGAGUUCCGCACCUGGCGCCUGAACGGGGUCCUCCUCAGUCUGUCCAAGCAGCCGCACGGCACCCCGGCCCUGGCCGUGGAGCUGCACGAGGGCGAGGUCAUCGUCUCGGUGGACCUGGGCCACAACGGCACGGGGCCCUUCCGGGCGCGCAAGAAGUUCUCCUCUAAGCAGGCUAUGUGCGACGGCCAAUGGCACACGCUGGUGGUGCACGUCUCGCGCAGCGAGGUCUCCCUCCGGGUGGACCGGCACCAGGCCGCCUACGGCCUGGCUCCGGCAACGCCGCCAGAGCCACACACGGAGAGUCCACUCUACGUCGGAGGACUGCCCGAGGGCAGCACCAACGGGGCCUUGUUUGGACGAGACAACUUCGUGGGCUGCCUGCGCAACGUCGCCGUCAACGACAAGCGCGUCGAGUGGAUCGACAUGGCUUCGCUCCACAACGUCCUCCCCAACUCUUGCCCAGCCGCUUGAGCAAACUGGGCCAUUUGUCAAACCAAAAGGCCUUGAAGCGCCUAUUGUUUAACUUACAACUGACCACGCACAGUGUACGCGCCCCGCGCAAAUCUUGGGAAGAACAUGGUGACGGAGUUUAUAACAAAGGAAUUGAAGCAUCAUGGUGCCAAGUUCUACCAAGAACCUCUGUGAGACAAGCUACUUGUGCUUUUGAGUAACAGCAAUUUUCAGUCCAUCUUCGAAGUUCAAAGCAUAUGUGUAGGUGCUUAACGUGGAACGAACUACAGUUUACAAAUCACUGCCUCCUAAUAAGGAACUUCAACCUACCAUUUGUCAUGCCAGCAUAUUAAUAGAAUAAUACAACGUUGCCAAUUCAACCUGAAAGGUCAACGUGUUCAUGCCUUGAGCUCAUGAAGCAUUGCUUCGUACAAUAAAUGCAUUAUAAAGUCGAAAGUUUGCAUAAACUUAAA